AUGUGCAACCUGAGCAAGCUCGAGGUUUUUGCUGGUUAUAGUGGAUAUAUCAAAUUGCCUUCCGUCUUGUUUGCCUGCCAAAAACUUGCUGUCUUGAAACUCGAAGGCAGGAUCUUAGUGAAUGUUCUUCCGACGGUCUGUCUCCCAUCCCUCAAAACUCUGCACUUUUAUCACUUGAUGCUGCUCAAAGACGAAUCCAUUCUGAAGAUUUUAUCCAGUUGCCCUCUACUUUCUGACCUCAGACUAGAAUAUCAUAUUAUGUCAAAGUUGCAUUUCGUAAUGCCUUCGUUACAGAAAUUAACCAUCGUGACAAAUAGUGGCACCGAACACUCGCCUAUUCUAUUGGAUGAUUAUAUUCAGAGUUUAGAGAUAAGCACACCUUCUUUGAAGUACUUAAACGUUGAAGAUUUUGGGUCCACGUUCUAUGUGAGGGUUAGAAUCAGAUCUCCAUCGAACUUCGAGGAUACAAGCAUCUACCGUCGGAUUGUACAGUUGAAGCUGAGUAUGUACAGAGGCGUAUUUGAAGAAUUGCUUAUAUAUUUGCUCGAACGUUCUAUAAACUUAUCGGUUCUCAAGAUUAAUUCCGACAUGCGGAGAGCGAAUGUCAAGCCUGGUUUGAUGCUAAUGAUGUGGUACAACCUUGGAUGCGGAUGGGCGUGGAUGGAUGGAUCUGGGAAUGCACAGCUUAUGGGGACAAGGAAUUUCCCUCGGGGUGAAUCUGCUUUUCACUCGGAAGUAGAGGCACUGCGAUGGGCGAUGGAGAAUAUGCUGCAACAUUCGAACUGCCAGAGCUUCGGGACAGAUUGUAAGGAACUGAUAGCAAUGCCGUCUAGUUCUGUUCCUAGAUGUUUGCUUUCGAGUCUUCAAACUCUAAAGUGGAGAGAAUACACAGGGACAUGCGCAGAAAAGGAGAUGGUGAGUUAUCUCCUGAAGCAUGCACUAUGUUUGAAAACGACAAAAAUCUUCGCUGAAUCAAGUGGCUUGUUCGAGAAGCAGCCAAAGAUGGAUGACUUAUUUUCUAUGCCAAGAGGUUCCACAACUUGCAUGCUUGUGUUCGAUUAA